AUGGCUAAUUCCGGAGUGAAACAACUGCUCGGCUUCCGGUUCCGCCCCACGGACCAAGAAAUCAUCGGCUCCUUUCUCUACAAGAUGGUGGGGGAGAAAAAGCCUCUGACUUCGAUGCCGCCAUACAACAAGGUUAUCCACAAGUGCAACCUCUUCGGCAACAAACGAGAACCCUCAGAAAUUUGGAGAGAUUACGGAGGAGAUCAACUUAAGGAUCAAGACUUGUACUUCGUUUCUGAGCUCCAGAGAAAUGGUUUGCGCAUCCAACGCAAGACUGGCCUCGGUACUUGGAGCGAAACCGAAACCUACCGAAAUGUUAAGGAUGAGAUGGAUGAGAUUAAUGGAAAAUCUAAUCUUGAUGUUAUAGGGAGAAAACGGAAAUUCCGGUAUGAGAACGGGAAUACUUCGGAGGACCACGCCGGCUGGCUCUUGGAUGAAUAUAGCCUUUUCAAAAAGGCUUGCAAGAACGGCACAAGUAGUAAUUGCUAUGAUUUUGACGUUGUGAUUUGUCGGCUGAGAAGGAAGGGCAAUAUGGACAAGUCUGGGAAAAAGAGGAAGUGCUCGUCUCAAGAUCAAUCAAACAAGAAGAUGAAAAGAGAUCAAUCUACAAAGGAGAUGAAAACUGAAAAUUCAGUGGGGCCGCAGAUUAUGAAUGAUGAGAGGAAUCAGUUGAUGAUCAACGACAGUACCACUUGUGAUCAAGAAUAUUUAAUCGACACCAAUUAUAAAAGCGUCAACAUUGAUGAACUCUUUGCAGAACUAGACCGCGAACCGCCAUUGUUACACUCGCAGCAACUGCCUGAGAUUGUUGAAAGCCAAGAAAAGCCUUUUGUUAAUCAAUUUGACGGACCAGUGGAAGCAGCCACCAGCAAUCUGAGUAAUUUUGAGUAUAAUAGCGAUGAACUAGUGGGAUUAAUAGGGAAUGUCGAUGAUCAUGAGGAUCCGAAUUUAUUCUUCGAAGUUGAUGAACUAUUGGCAGAAGAAGCAGAGCCUUUGCCAACUUCUGAGCUCAAUGAUGUUUAUAAUGUGGUCAGCCAACCAUUAGACCAAAACAGCUACGGGUCCAAUUCCUUAGAUAUAUUGUACUAG